AAACGGUGGUUUAUCCGACUGCACCUGAACGCGUCGGGAGCCACAGCAGGUUGCGCGGAGGGUGGAGAGUCCUCAGAGGAUCUUUGUCUCCCACAACAUCUCUCCCCCGCUGCUGAAACCAAACUAAUCCCCCGAUUCUCUCCUCACAUUCACUCGAACCCGGGACGCAGAGGGGCGACAGACCUACUGGGAGGAAAAUGCUUCAGUCUUUAACCAGCAAUUCCUGCGUGCGUCUGAUCCAGAGCCACAAAUCGACGUGGUACUUCGCGUCCCUGGUGCUCGGCUAUGUGCUCUACCUGGUGUUCGGCGCCGUCGUCUUCUCGUCGGUGGAGCUGCCCUACGAGGACCUGCUGCGGCAGGAGCUGCGCGCCCUGAAGAAGCAGUUCCUCCGGGAGAACGACUGCCUCACCGAGGAGCGUCUGGAGCGCUUCCUGCAGAAAGCCCUGGACGCCAGCAAUUACGGGGUCUCCAUCCUCAACAACGCCUCGGACAACUGGAACUGGGACUUCACCUCCGCGCUGUUCUUCGCCAGCACCGUGUUGUCCACCACAGGAUAUGGUCACACAGCGCCUCUGUCGGACGGUGGGAAGGCCUUCUGCAUCAUCUACUCAAUGAUCGGCAUCCCCUUCACUCUCCUCUUCCUCACUGCCGUGGUGCAAAGGAUCAUGGUGUUCAGCACACGGAGGCCGAUCACGUACAUCCACACACGCUGGGGCCUGUCCAAGCCACUGGUGGCCAUUGUUCACGCAACCCUGCUCGCCACGCUCUCAGUCUCGUGCUUCUUCCUCAUCCCCGCCGCCAUUUUUUCGGCGCUGGAGGAGAACUGGAACUUCCUGGAGUCCUUCUACUUCUGCUUCAUUUCGCUGAGCACCAUCGGCCUGGGUGACUACGUACCUGGAGAGGCCGCUAAUCAGAGGUUCAGGGAGCUCUAUAAAGUGGGCAUCACUGUCUACCUGAUCCUGGGUCUGAUCGUCAUGCUAGUGGUGCUGGAGACCUUCUGCGAGCUGCAGCAGCUGAAGCAGCUGAGGAAGAUGUUCUACCUGAAGAAAGAGAAGCCGCAGGACCGCCUCGUGAUUUUGGAGCACGACCACCUGUCCUUCACCACAGUGUCCGACAGAGCCGCGUCCCACCUCGAAGACAAAACCCAUCCGUUUGCGAGCGUCCCCACUUUGGUCUCUCCCAACGACGAUCCCAUGAUUCAGUAAACAAAGACGGAGCAAACAUCCAUGGAAGUAUUAGAAUAUAAACGUCGGGAGAGAUGCUCGCAAAACUAGAUAGAAUGAGUAGAUCAUAGGACUCAGCUGUAGACAUUCAGCAAAGCUCAGCCCAGCACAUUUUAGUCGUGAAACUAGUUCAUGAUGAUUCAGAUUAAGGAAACAAUCUCUUUUACCAAACCACCAUACUGACAGAAUAGUGCUAUGCAGCAGAUACCGAAAUUAUGUGCAUUAAUUAGAGGGAAAUUUAAUAUUUAACAGAUCCACUCAAGACAAACAAUAAAUGACUCGCCUUCUGCUGUAUGCAUGACUCAAGCUCUUUGAUGAGCUGUAUUAUUUAUUGCAUAUUUAGCAACACUUUAGAAAGUAAUUGGUCUCUUAAAUCUAGAUGAAAGAUAGGACAACUAUCUGUAGUCCAUCACGAAAUUAGUAAAUAAAUGUAUGUGUGUUAUAAAUAGAGACUUAACAGGUACGUACAUUAUCAGGUUAAUGAUGUGAAGACUAUGUCAUCUUGAAUGAAUACACCUAAAGAUGAGCCAAAGUGCAAACACAACACAAAACCAGUCGAUUAAUUAACUGACAUUUGAGAUUUUUACAUUCUUAUGGGGAAACUUUGACAGGAAAGCCUUGAACGUACCAGGUUGUGUUUUCUGUCUGAGUUUGUUGUUGGAGGAUCUCUGAAAUGCUCCGAUUGUUUUCUUUUCAUUUGGCUCUUAUUGAUUUUUCAAAGAAUUUUUUGAAAGUGUCAGGGGCCCGAUCCUCCAUUGCAUAAUGUGGGUCACAUUGUUGACUGAACGAGAGGCGGCAGUCGAUCCUGAACAAAAGCCUCUGACAGAACAGAGCGUAGCUUCGCAGUGAUUUUUGUUUUCUUUGGCUCAUCUUUAAAGACGUGUUAACUGUUGCACUCCACAUCGUCACAUUUCAUUGUGAGGGGGCAAAUAUUUGUCUGCAGCUAUGUGUGUGUUGUCUCAUCACGUUGCAGUGCUAUUUCAAAGUGUGGCGAUAAGCACUAUAAUUUAUUGAUUUGUCUGAAAGGUUUAAUGUGUGCUGGACUGUGUGGAAACUCAAAGGGAAGGGAAGUCGUAGUCCAGCUUAAAAAGGGAACCACAGAGCGCUGUCUGGCCCAUUGUAUUUUACUGUCAAUAAACAGUGCUCAGUUUGCACAUGCACUGGAACUAAGCAGCGGUAAAGGAGCAAAAAUAUACAGUUUUACUGGGAUUUCUCUAAAAAGGAAAAGGUUCCAAAGAGAUAUUUUUAAUGGAAAAGAUGAUUUUACCUCUGUUGUGGAUGAUCUGUAAAAGGCUUGGUGAUUGCUCUUUUCUUUGAAAGAGCUGAACAGAAACUCUUUUACUGUAUUUACAUUAUUUAAAUUUCCAAAUGUAUAUUUUAAUAAAUGGGACGAAGAAGUUUUACUAAACUUUGUUAACGAUCUAUGAAAGUAAUUAUGUACUAAAAAUCAGCGCAUUAGGGAAACUUGUAACUCUAAAUCUAAGCAGCAGGAGUAACAUUCUAAUUCUGAUUAUCUAUCACGUCCAUUUUUAUCAUCGCCCAAGGAUGACAUUCCAUAAUUGAUGGAUAUGAAGUUGCACUUGUUUGUACGACACUGACAUUGAACUCCUCUGUCUUUUUUAAAAGUAUGUUUAGCAGGAGGUACAUAUUGAAUUAUAUUAUCCAUCCUUGACAUGCAAUUGUUAUCUGUUUUAACAAUGUUUCUGUUUGUCGCUGAUUUCCUGACCUCAUCUCUGUCAUUGCUACAUCAACACACAAUCGCAGUGUUUUAUAAAAGUCUUGAAUGUAAUGUCUUUUUAUGCCGUUUUUUGCUACAUGGAGAUUCGAGGCCUGACCAGAGUGCAGCAUUACCUCUUGCUGCUCCACUGGCUCCUGUUUAGUUAUAACGUGUUUAUAUAUGAAACAGUGUGUGUACAGGUGAGCUGCAGCAAGGUGUCAUGAGCACUUGCAAAAUGAGCUUUUGACUGUGUCACUCAUCUGUAGUAUUGUAUUUUAUAGAAAAGUGGGAUAGUUUAUUUUUGUCUUUCGUCACCAGUCUGGGCCUUGUAAACUGUGAAGCAGUGAUGCUGUUCAUAUUGUCUCCUGAGAAUAAGGAAAAACUUGAAAAAAGUCGGGGCUUCUCUCACUGUACGAUGUUUCUGUAGAUAUAUUGUAGAUGUCGAUGCUUCAGCUUCUGUCACUGUGUUUGGCAGUUUGUCGUCUUCGACUUUGAGAGCUGUCAGGUAACGUAGUUCUUUUUAGGGAGUGAUCAUUGUGUCCAGGAUAACAUUUGGAAGGAUACUGACAUUAUGUAUUUGUGCUGACAAAACCGACGUGUUAUCUGGGAUAGUUUAGUGUCACGGUACAGAUAUUUUACAGGAAUGCUCCGAAGAUAUCUGUAAAAUUCCUUUCUGCGUAAGAGGUGAAUUCAUCAACUGUAAAAUAUCAGUGUGUCUUAAAUAAAGUGUCGGUUUAUUACUA